AUGUUGUAUAGCAGCGACAGCGAGGGAUGGAAGAAGGAGCGAGCGUGGAUCGUAAGGAUGCUUGCUGAUAGAAUGGUUGGGACGGGUUAUUGGAGGGUGUUGAGGAGAAGGCAUGGGUGGGAUUUGCUUGCUAGAUUGUGGCAGCGUGAGGACGAUGCCGGGACGAGGUUGGGGAUACUUUAG